GGCGGACAGAUUCGGCAGUGGACUGUCACCGGGGCGAAACCAAGAUGCAGGGAUUAAAACCCUACUGUGUUGAAAUGGUCUACUACUUAUUAUUACUACUAAUUAUUCUUUCAAUGCAUUCCAAUUAAAGAUAUGGUAUUGUUUUUAAACAAAACAUCACGUAUGACUAACAAAUCAUUCAUUUAAAAAUCAUUUUAAAAAGAAUUAUUUUUGUUCACCCCCGCAAGUUGAAUCUCAAGUGAAAGUCGAUGCUUUCACAGAGCAGAGAAAACUCCAUGGCAACGCUGGCCGUCCGGCUAAUGUUUGUCAAAACUUCCCAAAAUCACUUCUAGAUGCUGAAUAUGAAAGCCCCUGUUGUGCUUCUGUUUGUCGCACUGUGCUGCGCUUCCUGCGAUAAAGUGCUGCAAGCGGAGCGCCGAAUUUCACACCAUCACAAUCACGAACAUAGUGCAAACGCUUUUCUUGAUGCUGAGGAUAAAGAUGAGAUUAAGAAAUUGAGUCCAUCUGAACAGAGGAAGAAAAUGGUGGAGAUAGUAAAGAGAAUUGACACUGACUCAGACAAAUACUUGACUCCAGAGGAAAUCACAUUAUGGAUACAGAAGGUGUACAGGAGGUAUGCAAUGGACGAUGCAGAGGAACGCUUCCCAGGCUUUGAUACAAACAACGAUGGUCUGGUUUCUUGGGAUGAAUACAACAUGGUGAUGCAUGGGCAUACUGUUGAAGUGGAUGAAAAUGCAGUUCUUGAGGACCCAGAAGAAGAAUCUCUCAGAUUUCUUCAUUUGAAGGAGAAAAGGCGAUUUGACUUUGCUGAUGUGGAUGGCACACCUGGCUUGAACUUGACAGAAUUUCUUGCGUUUACACAUCCGUCUGAAGUAGAUCACAUGGCGGAUUUUGCAAUUGAAGAUGUGUUGAGUGAGUAUGACUUGGACAAAGAUGGAUUUAUCAGUCUGAGUGAAUUCAUCGGAGAUCUCAGAGCAAAUGAUGAUGAUGAGCCAUCUCAGUGGGAGAUUGAGGAGACAGUUCGAUUUAAAGACCUUUAUGACCAGGACAAGGACGGCAAGUUAAACCGGGAUGAGCAGCUGCGGUGGGUUGCUCCAAACAGCUAUGGUUCAGCACGAGAAGAGGCUGUUCAUCUAAUCAAGGAAAUGGAUCAAGAUGGAGAUGAAAGGCUUUCAGAAGCAGAGAUUUUGAAGAACCAAGAUAUUUUCAUGAAUAGUGAAGUAACGGACUAUGGUAGACAGCUCCAUGUGCCACAUGAUGAGUUAUAAUGUUUUUUGUCAUCUCUGUUGUUAUAUUGCAAUUUUUUUUACUUUGCUUUUCUACUGAAAAACUGAAACUUUUGUCUAGGAGUACUAGAAGUAGGAUCCUGCACUGGUUAGUCAUAUUUAGAAUGUUUUUCAGUUAAAGCAUAAAAUUAAGGCUGAACUUUGUAUAUUAAGAAGGUUGUAGAUGGUGCCUGUAUUUUAUUUACCCUAAAGUAAUUUUCCUCAAAUUUUUUUUCUGCACAUGAAAGAAAGGAUUUAGCAAUUGUCUUAAUUUCUUAGAAUUAUGUCAGUAAAGUUGCAUCUCUUAGCGUGUGUAACAUAAUUAUUCACUUAAAAACUUAUAUUAGUUUGGGACAUUUGCUCUGAAUGUAGUACUUAGUUACUAAUAACUAUGGCAAGCAUCAUGGUGUCCAGCUGCUUAAAACUGAAAAUAGCCCAUACUGACUUAUAUUGACACGCAAUCUGACAAGAUCAAGGCUCUGCAUGUGUAUAAGACUGCACUAACAGGUAUCUUACAGCGCCAGAAGGCUGCAACGUAAAUAUGCUUCACUAACCACUAUUUUGAGGAAUUAGGUUUUGAAUUGGUGCCAAAACCCUCACGUCAUAUUUCUUGUAUUUCACUACAUCUUCUAUAGUGCACUAUGCACUCAAAACAAGAUUGCCAUCUGUCUUAAAAAGUGUUCUGCCAAAAGAAUAAGUUCUUAAAAGGUCUUAAAAUUGUACGUUUUCCUAGUUUGUUAUGACUCAGAAGCCACCCUGCACUAAAUGGAAACUGGUGUUGUAUGAGCCACUCAUGGCAUAGCUGAGUGUUCAAUGGCUGAAAAUUCAUGUUCAUCUUGAUGUAUGUUUGAUGAAGUCUAUAAACACUGAUAUUUACAAGAAAAAGAUAUGUAUUUUCUUUAGUGACAUAUUUUGUUAUGUGUUAGCGUUUUGAUCUGGGGCCUGUCUCAUGAAGCGGGAUUUCUUGCUUAACCAGCUAACUUUUCGCUUAGUUUGGUCUAAACCUGGAUUCUUGGUCUUACAACAGUGGAACGCUUUUAUUGGGCUACAACACCAUGGCAACUUGUGCUGCACUGCUUCUCCAGGGCAUUCAAUCGUAAACUGCCUUACUGUCUACAUAUUUACACACAUUUCUUCCUGCUUUCUUUUUUUUUUUUUAAAUAAGCCGCUCAAUGUUUCACGCGAUUGGCUGUUUUUCAUAAACUUUCAUGCUUUAUUUUUCAUCUGCGACAGACACCUGAAGGUGGUUACUGAGAGUCUGUGUGUAUGACUUUUAAUGUGAUUUCCAAAUGAUGCUUUAUUAAACUCACAAAAUAACAAGUGUA